UUACCCUUUGAACACACAGUGCAUGUUCAGAGGAAUAAACCGAAACUGUAUAGACUGCAGUGUGUUCGCCACUCGGUUCAGAAAGUUGAAAACUUGGUGUAAACUGUGAACUUACCUUCGAUUUCUUUCCGCAUCGACAUCAUGGCGUUCUCUCAACUGACGACUAGCAUGCACAAUUACCAUUUUCCUUGUGGCUUCCAUGAAGAUAUGACGAUGAUGCAUGCACAGCUACUGCGAAACAAUCCCCAGCAGAUAUCGAGCUGCACGAGCAGUAAUCAGUAUCGCACGCGCGCCUACACAGCGAAAAACUGUGCACUCGAUACCCUGAUGUUAUUUGGAGGCUGUUGCGAGGAGGACAACGCUUUCUUCUUCGAAGCUCAGGUUGAAUCCGUUCCGAAAAAGUUACGAAUUGAGGACGGACGGUUUUCCUCGACUUUUAGCGAUUAUCCACCGAACGAAGUGAAGUUUCACGGUAUGACGACGGAUAGCUUCGGACGACCUCGCGCUGCGCCUGCUGCGUAAUUGUCCGCGUUACCUUAGCUCAAGUCCACUGCUUAGUGACUGGGUAGCCUAACAAAACUUGAUGUUUUGAGUAACCGGGGAAACCUGAUUUGCUGUACAAUACAUAACUUCAUUUGGGCAUUUACGGAUUACGGGUUUCAGGGCCAACGAAUAUUGCACGACGCACAUGCCGAUGACCUUUUGGAACGUUGCUCCUCUGAAACACUUCGCAAAUACUUCUGAUUAAUUUUGGCUCGAAGUCGUUCUAUGAUUCGUUCAUCCUUUUCACAUGGUGUCACAUACUUCAACCGCACAGUUUUCCAGAGCACGUAAUAUGCACCUCCGAUAUUUUAUCAAUUAGUCGCACCCUGUUAUUUUACUGUUUUAUCACUUUUAUGUAAAACGAUGCGGUAUCUGUGACGGCGUGCGCCGUUAAAUGAGC